UCUCUGCAGAAUGAGAAUGAAUUCGUCAGUUUCAGUUCUUUCAACAAGUUUUAUUGAAGAUUUUAAACGCUGUUCCAGUGUUUAUUUUCAAGCAGAAAGCGGGAGAAUUGCGAGUUGUCUGUAAAUCAGCAAAACUCCAGGAAACAAGUGAAAUCUGUGUGACACUGUUGUAAAGAUGUUUAUUAAAGAGGAGAGUGAAGAUAUGGGUUAUCCAGAAGCAUGCAGAAUUAAAACAGAACACACUGAGGAACAAACAGACUUAAUGGAAAUGAAAAAAGAAAAUCAAGAACUGAUAGAAGAGAAAGAAGGAAGUCAAGAACUGAAAAAAGAAAAUCAAGAACUGAUAGAAGAGAAAGAAAGACAAGAACUGAAUGAAAUGGAGGAACAACAGAAUCCUGAUCAGUUCAUAACUGGAGAAAAUUCACAGACUGGGAAGAAUUCUUCAGUAAACAGAACUCAAGCCAAAAAUAAUUUCACAUGCCAUCAGUGUGGAAAGAGUUUCACACAGAAAGUAAAUCUUAAGAGACACACAAUAAUUCACAGUGGAGAAAAACAUUACACAUGCCCUCAGUGUGGAAAGUGUUUUCUGCUUAAAAGAACCCUUGAAGUUCACACGAGAAUUCACACUGGAGUGAAGCCUUACACAUGCAAUCAAUGUGGAAAGAGUUUCAGUUUGUCACACAACUUAAAACGACAUGAGAGAGUGCAUACUGGAGAGAAGCCAUACCACUGCUCUUCAUGUGGGAUAAGUUUCUGUCAAUUAAGGUCUUUAAGAAAUCAUAGAAAUGGGCAUUGCCAAGAGUUGUUGUAGUGAGCAAACUGCAGGAAAUGGUAUGUCAUUGGUAUGAAAUUUAGAGAAACUCAAAUGAUAGAAUUGCUCUUUUGAAAGAAAUAUUAUCGUAAAGGCUCAUUUGCUACAUUGCAUUUACCUGUAGUGAUGAAUCAGCUGUCCUUCUAUGUAAAAGGGUAGUAGGAUGUAGAGCUGGGUGAUAUAGUGAAAACAAAUACAGUUGUUCUGAAUGUAUUCAGAAUUAAAUCACAUUCAAACUCUUUUUCAAAAGUACUGAUCAUCCACCUGUCAUCAUAUUUCAGAAAGCUGAGUUAACCAACUCUGACAAACCCUGAACUCUUAGUUGAUUAAUCUGAGAAUUGAUCCCAGAAUACCAGAUUUGAGUUAGUUUACUCAACCCUGAGUUUGAAAUUCUGUGCACAGUCACACUGAACUUAGAAAGGCAUUCUCAGCAGAGCGCCCAAUCCACGAGUCACAAUGGAAACAGACGCUAAGAAGAAAUGUGCGCCAUAUUUCAGUGACGCAGAUCUUGAAGUCUUAAUGACUAUGAAUGAGCAUUAUAACGUCAUCUUUACUCGUAGUGAUAGGGCAUGCAUCGCUUUAGGACUGAGAAUUUGCUUGACGGAAAGCAUCAAUGUGUGAGUUUUUAAAUUCAUAUAGUUUUAACACUUAUAAAAACCAAAUUCAACAUUUACAUUAGACCUCUCUCGCACACAUUAAUGUUUAAUAGGUUGACCAUUGUUAUUUGUUUGCAGUGAACUUCAGUAUAGGUAUUAUCAUUUAUAUUAUACAGUAUUAAUGUUAUAAAAAUGGCUUACUAUAUAUUAUUUUAUUUUAAGGUUAAUUUUACUGGUAUUUUACCAUGUACUGUGCAUUAUUGUGCUUUUUUUUAUUUCACUGUAUGUCAUGUGACCUGUAUGUACUCCUUUUAUUUUUAAUUCCAUCUGAUGUACCCAGUUUAACAUUUGGGUUUCUAAAAAUGUGCAUCAUAUCAUAUCAUCUUCCAUUUUCCACAGUUGUCAUAAUUUUCCAUAGAUGUAAUGUAAUGUUUUUCAGUAGGACACUCAUGAUUAUUCAUAAGAUAAAGAUGUGAUGGAGGACCACAGAAUUAUGUGUCAUUUAUAUCCUUUACUUAUUUGGUGUGGCAUUAAAACUUGCUUGUUG